AUGCUUCGCAUGCCCAAGCGCCUCUCGGUGGACACUGCUCCCCUCUGCUCCUCCGGACACUGGCACCCGGGCACGGCUCUGCCUCUGCCCCUGCCCCAGCCCCUGCCCGGGCACGGCUGUGCCCCUGCCCCGGGGCUCACCCGCGUUCCCCCGCAGGACUCGCUGCCCAAGCUGCAGGACGUCGCCUUCCUGAAGCAGCAGCUGCAGAGCCUGCAGCGCCGGGUGGAGGCCGAGGUGCAGGCCGGCGUGGGGCAGGAUGGCUCUCUGCUGGCCUCGCCCUUCCUGAAGGGCUUCCAGGCAGGCUACCUGAUCGCCAAGCUCCGCUUCUCGGCCGUGCUGGGCUUCGUGGCUGGCACCUGCACUGGCAUCUACGCCGCCCAGAGCUACGCCGUGCCCAACGUGGAGCAGACAGUGCGGGACUACAUCAGCUCCCUGGGCAGAGGCCGGGACUAGGCUGGGCCCCGCGGCGCAGGGACUGGAGGCUGCUGCUCAGCUGCAGGCACAGGAGCUGCCCGGGGGCACUGCCACUGCGCAGGGCUGCAGGGCGGCAGGGCUGGGCGUGGGCGUCCCGCAGAGCCCCUGGCGGCAGUGGGCACUCUGCUAACCCACAGCAGCUCGGAAGCAUCAGCCUGCAG